GAGUGCGAAGCAUCGGGAGAACAUCUGUCCAUCUGUAGUCCGUCUGUCUCCAACGCGCGUCUCCACUUUUUCUGAGGAUGCUACAGUUACCGCAGCUCCGCCAGGGCGUUAUCGCGCUUCUCAUAUGGUUCGCACACUUGAUGGAACAGCAGAAAGUACAAGCUGGCAACUGCUGGCUUCAGCAGGGCAAGAACGGGAGAUGCCAGGUUCUCUACGUGUCUGGGAUGAGUUGGGAAGACUGUUGUAGAAGUGGCCGUCUGGGCACGGCUUGGACCGAGGAGGAUGUACCCAAUAACACGCUUUUCCGGUGGCUGAUCUUCAAUGGUGGUGCACCGAACUGCAUACCUUGUAAAGAGACUUGUGAUAAUGUGGACUGUGGUCCUGGAAAGAGGUGCAAAAUGAACAAGCGGAAUAAGCCUCGCUGCGUAUGUGCCCCAGACUGCUCCAAUGUCACCUUUAAAGGGCCUGUGUGUGGCUCCGAUGGGAAAACAUACCGGAACGAAUGUGCCCUCCUUAGGGCCAAGUGCAAGAGACACCCUGACCUGACUGCGCAGUACCAGGGAAAAUGCAAAAAAUCAUGCUAUGAUGUGCGCUGUCCUGGAAGCUCGACGUGUGUACUGGACCAGACCAACAACGCCUACUGUGUGACCUGCAACCGGCUUUGCCCUGAGGUGACCUCACCGGAUCAGUACCUGUGCGGGAAUGACGGGAUUGGGUACGCCAGCGCCUGCCAUAUCCGAAGGGCAACGUGCAUCAUGGGAUGGUCCAUUGGAGUCGCCUACGAGGGGAAAUGCAUAGACGCCAGGUCCUGUGAAGACAUCAAAUGCCGGGAGGGACGAAAGUGUCUGUGGGACAAGCGGACGGGACGGGGACGCUGUGUGGUAUGCGAGGACACCUGUCCCGAGAGUCGUCCGGGUGACAGCGUCUGCGCCAGCGACAACGCCACUUACCCGAGCGAGUGUGCCAUGAGGCAGGCCGCCUGCUCUUUGGGUCUCGUCCUGGAAGUCAAACACUCGGGCUCCUGCAACUGUAAGUAGUGGAUGCUAAACCUGGCCGCACCCAUGUCCCGCAUUCCCUCCCCCUGCCGAAAACACCCUUCUUUCUUGCCCCUCCCAUUGCCCCCACAAGGAACACGAGGACUGUCGGAGAGAAAGUGUGUAUUAGCCCUUGUGUUGGCUUCCUCUCGCAAAGACUUAACUCAGAGGCGAUGAGAUGUUAGAAGUGUCCGGGACAGUGCAGUUGUCCCCUGCUCAUCUAUCGAUGAGGUGUUAAGCCAAAAUCUUUGAGGUCAAGCCUGGAAGGAUUUCCGUUUGGGAUGCGAGACAGUUUUGAACAUGCUGCUCAUCUGAUUUUGUUUCACUGUCUGCACAUCAGAGACAGAAACGUGACUGACGGUAUCAUGUGGAAAGUGAACAUAAACUCACUUAGCGUGCUCUGUUUGUGAAUCGUCUUGUUGUUUUUGCUCUAUAGCAGGCUGACCUGCUCUGUGAUGGACAAAGAAAAGCGAACCUGGUGCCAUUAUGGUGCACGGUCAGAAAUCCACCAAUUGCGAAAGUGACAAAAAAUGCCCUGGAAAUAUAAAUUGUACGGGGGCAGAAAGUUUUUUUUAAAUGUGUAUUUUAAUAUAUAGAUAUAUUUCUGACACAUAUUUUAAUUGCAGUUUUUGAAAUGGUCAGUAUGCUGUGUUUUAUAUGCCCAGAAAAUCAAUUCCAAGAGACAAAUAUUGUCUGCGGACGUUCGUUUCCGACCCCAGCUAACAUCUCUAACACCUUUGUCUAUCGUCUGUGUAAUAAAGGGAAACUCAAUUUUUUCAC